AUGAACUUAGGUGACAAGAAAUUAAUUUUGUUUCAGGAAGCAAGUGAUAUGGAGUUGAAUACAAUCAAAGAAGUUAUAGAUGCAGAUGAGCAAGCGAUUGAGGCAAUAAUUUUUAUUGACCGUCUUCGUUUUUCCCAAAGAGAGCAGUUGAGAACAGAUUCAGAACGUGGACAACGAAUAAUGCAUCAGCUAAUGUAUGAGAGUCACACACAAUGCCUCCAUGUUUUACAUUCUCAUCGGGUAAGAUCUGAGGUUGCUCUAGCAAUGUCACUCAAGAUUUUGGGGCAUAAUCCAUCACGAAAGAUUAUAGCAGCAAAUUUUCAGGUUGCACAGUGGACAGUUACAACAAAAUUUAAUGAUGUUGAGAUGUUUUAG